AUGCAUUCUUCCUUGAUUUCUCCAGCCUUGUGGUUGGGUAUGACCACGAUCUUUGCUGUUACCUCUGCUCAGGAUCCUUCCUCCACUAGCGAUGGAGCUUCGACCAUAGGUACCACAUCCCAUUCGUGGCCUACUGAGCCUUACCCUGGAGCAAGUAUCUGGCUUGAUUGGACCAGCUCAGCCAGUGUCAGCUCCGGAAGCAGCUCGGACUCCAGCUCGACUUCUUCCGCUUUGACCUCUUCGUUCAUUAGUGUCAGCAGCACGACCCUCACCACGACUGAUGGCAUGACAACUAGUUCGGCCACGUCCUCAAUUGAACAAUCUGCAACCCAAACAACGGUCUCCAGCAUCUCCACUUCUACCAUUCGGGACUCGACCAUUUCUUCUACCCUGUUCACCAGCUGGACUACGUCUGAUGGGGGAAGGUCUGCAACCACUGCUACCACACCCAGCUCAAUGUCAGUUUCAGGCUCUGUUACCAGCACAACAUCUACUCCUUCUCCAAGCACAUGCCCGUAUGCAGGGCUAGGCUUUGUGAGCCCAGACAAUACGUGUGUGAGGUACGACUUUGUCUGCGAGCGCACAUAUGCCGAGAGCAGCUUCCGAGGGAACUGGAUUACCAGAGAAAGCCCCGAGUUGUGCGCUCGUCGCUGCGAUAAUGCAAACCAAAACCAGGGAGCCGGGUACUGUGUGGGUGUGGUUUUCAAUACUAAAUCUGCAACCAACAACUGCAGAAUGCUAAAGAACCUCAACACCCCUCUCCAUGACGCCGGCACUAUCGCUCUCCUACUCUACCGCGAUCCAAAUUGUGGCAGGGUUGCCGAAUCUACUACAUCCACAACUGAGAGUUCUACCACAAUUUCGACUUCGACUUUUACUAGCUCUCUUAGUUCAGUCACGACCGAAUCUGCGAGAUUUUCAUCCACUUCGCCCUCGCCCUCAACUGGCUCUACUGCGACUCAGUCUCCAGACAUAUCCGCGAGCUCAAGCUCCAUCACUACAACCUCUGGGAGCACAAUCACAGGCGACCCUGCCACAACUUCUUUGACCUGGUCCUCACGCAGCCGCCGCCCUUCUGGCUCUUAUAGCCACACCUGGGGCAGCAGCUAUUCCAGAUGGUCUGCUUCCUCUAGCAGAAACUUUACAACAGCCGGUCCCUCGAUGACGGGUUCUUCUGCCACCAUAGCCACGACAAGCACAAGCUUUGGUUCCAAUGAUACAUGGACUAGCUCUUCUACAACAUCGACUGUAGCAGAUGGAACCUCUACUUGGGCUGGCAGCACAAGAGCUUCUUCAAACGCAACUACCAGAACUUGGUCUCACACUUCCGCGAGCACCCGACCCACCACUUGGACGUCAUCCCUCAACUCGACUUCUACAGCGUCCCCUGCGACAACGACUUCAUUUGUUGACUCUAGCACAAGUUCCCUCGCCGCAACAGCUACCACUACAACGAGCAGUAGCUGCCCAGCUUCGACCACAACAGUGACAAUCACGAUCUCUGGAGGCCCUGCCAGCGUUACUGGUCCAAUCGUCACUGUCACCGGAAUAGUCACAGAGACACGCACCAUAACGAGGACGACCAAAACGUUCACUACAUCGACCGGGACCCGGACGCGCUACACAACCACUACGGAAACCGACACUGCAACCACGACCAUCACUUCGUCCACGAUCACGACCAUUACCGCCACAGUCACUACAACGCAGACGUUUGGUCAGCGCUGGGGAAGGAUCCAUUGGUAA